UGGCGCGGUGAACGAGAGCCGGCAGGUUCUGCAGGAGCCAGACUUUGCUCAGUCUCUGCUGCGAGACCCGAACACUCCCAUCAUCCGGAAGUCCCGCGGGACGUCCACUCAGGGCACGUCCACCCAUGCCUCCUCCACACACCUGGCCAUGCUGGACGACGUGCGGAGCAAAGCCAGCAGCAUCCACAGCAAGAUGAGCAGCUAUCAUGGCAGCCUGCAUCGCUCCAGAGACGGCAGGUUCACCCCCUCCAGCCACAGAGGCAUGGAGGAACGCCCGGCAUAUGGGAGCGUGCCGCAACUCAACGAGCAGCUGUCCCAUCACAGCAGCCUUCACCGCCUCGACAGCCAGCCCAGACAUGGCAGCGCCCGAGACCUGAGCGACGCACCAGCCGCCAGCAUCACGCACGGAUCCAGUGUGAACCGCCUGGCGGAGGAGGACGGGACGAGUGCGUAACCCAGAGACUGACCUGGGAGAGUCCCUGUCAUGUAGCCACUAAUGGACAGACAUGUGUUUUUGGCAGCAGCAGGGGAAUCAGAAAC